CGUAACUCCUCAAGUCCCUCCUCUUCCCCCUCUCCCCUUCUCCCAAAGACCGCCUUCACGUUCGGUUUCAAAAGACUUGUUGCCCAAUGAAUAACAGGGCAGACUUAGAGUGGCGGAGCUGCCUGCCAAUGCGCAGACAGCGAGGGCGGAGCGCCCGGAGCGAGCCUCUGACGGCGGGCGGCGUGUGACGCAGUCGGGCCCUCUGCGCGCUGCGCCCGAAGCGGCGGUCCGUGGCGGUGGUGGUAGCGGCGGCGACGGUUUCGUGGCGGCCGCGCGCUGCUCGCUGAGCGGCGGGUGGCGGAGGGGCCUAGGCCUCCACUCCUGACACUUCCCUUCCCCCGCCGCACCGCGGCUUGAGGGUGUCCAUGGGAAGUCAGAAGAUAGAUUAAACUGGGGCUCUACCACUUACUACUUCUUUGACCUUGAGAGGCUGGCUUGCUGAAGCAAAGACUCAUUUUGAAGAUGUUUAAUAAGUCAUUUGGAACACCCUUUGGGGGUGGCACUGGUGGCUUUGGCACAACUUCAACAUUUGGGCAGAACACUGGCUUUGGCACUACUAGUGGAGGAGCAUUUGGAACAUCUGCAUUUGGUUCUAGCAACAAUACUGGAGGCCUCUUUGGAAAUUCACAGACCAAACCAGGAGGAUUAUUUGGUACUAAUUCAUUUAGUCAGCCAGCUACUUCCACAAGCACUGGCUUUGGGUUUGGCACAUCAACAGGAACAUCAAAUAGCUUAUUUGGAACUGCAGGUACAGGGACCAGUCUCUUCUCAUCCCAGAACAAUGCCUUUGCGCAAAAUAAACCAACUGGCUUUGGAAAUUUUGGAACAAGUACCAGCAGUGGGGGACUCUUUGGUACUACAAAUACAACCUCUAAUCCUUUUGGUAGCACAUCUGGCUCCCUCUUUGGGCCAAGUAGUUUUACAGCUGCUCCUACUGGGACCACUAUUAAGUUUAAUCCUCCAACUGGUACAGAUACUAUGGUUAAAGCUGGAGUUAGCACUAACAUCAGUACCAAGCACCAGUGUAUUACUGCUAUGAAAGAAUACGAAAGCAAGUCACUAGAGGAACUUCGUUUAGAGGAUUAUCAGGCUAACCGGAAAGGCCCGCAGAACCAAGUGGGAGCAGGUACCACAGCUGGCUUGUUUGGGUCUUCUCCAGCCACCUCCAGUGCGACAGGACUCUUCAGCUCCUCUACCACUAAUUCAGGCUUUGCAUAUGGUCAGAACAAAACAGCCUUUGGAACUAGUACCACUGGAUUUGGAACAAAUCCCGGUGGUCUCUUUGGACAACAGAAUCAGCAGACCACCAGCCUCUUCAGCAAACCAUUUGGCCAGGCCACAACCACUCAGAACACUGGCUUUUCCUUUGGUAAUACCAGCACACUAGGACAGCCAAGCACCAACACCAUGGGUUUAUUUGGAGUAACUCAAGCUUCACAGCCUGGAGGUCUUUUUGGGACAGCUACAAACACCAGCACUGGGACAGCAUUUGGAACAGGAACAGGUCUCUUUGGGCAGCCCAACACUGGAUUUGGUGCUGUUGGUUCGACCCUGUUUGGGAAUAACAAGCUUACUACAUUUGGAACCAGCACAACCAGUGCUCCUUCAUUUGGUACAACCAGUGGCGGGCUCUUUGGUAACAAACCAACCCUGACUUUAGGAACCAAUACAAACACUUCCAAUUUUGGUUUUGGCACAAAUACCAGUGGGAGUAGUAUUUUUGGAAGUAAACCAGGACCUGGGACUCUGGGAACUGGGCUUGGUGCAGGAUUUGGAACAGCUCUUGGUGCUGGACAGGCAUCUUUGUUUGGGAACAACCAACCUAAGAUCGGAGGGCCUCUUGGUACAGGAGCCUUUGGGGCCCCUGGAUUUAAUACUACGACAGCCACUUUGGGCUUUGGAGCCCCCCAGGCCCCAGUAGCUCUGACCGAUCCCAAUGCUUCUGCUGCCCAGCAAGCUGUUCUCCAACAGCACAUCAAUAGUUUAACGUACUCACCUUUUGGAGACUCUCCUCUCUUCCGGAAUCCCAUGUCAGACCCUAAGAAGAAAGAAGAGAGAUUGAAACCAACAAAUCCAGCAGCCCAGAAGGCUCUCACUACACCUACUCAUUAUAAACUAACACCCCGCCCUGCCACCAGAGUUCGACCAAAGGCUUUACAAACAACAGGCACAGCCAAGUCACAUCUCUUUGAUGGGUUAGAUGACGAUGAGCCAUCCUUAGCCAAUGGAGCAUUCAUGCCCAAGAAGAGCAUUAAGAAGUUGGUUUUGAAAAACCUUAACAAUAGCAAUCUCUUCUCACCUGUUAAUCGUGACUCGGAAGAUCUAGCUUCACCAUCUGAUUAUCCAGAAAAUGGGGAGAGAUUCAGUUUCCUGAGCAAACCUGUUGAUGAGAACCAUCAGCAGGAUGGAGAUGAUGAUUCUCUUGUGUCACGUUUUUAUACUAAUCCUAUUGCCAAACCCAUUCCUCAAACGCCGGAGACUGCUGGAAAUAAACACAACAGUAGUGGCAGUGUGGAUGAUACCAUUGUUGCAUUAAACAUGCGUGCUGCCUUGAGAAAUGGGCUGGAAGGAAGCAGUGAAGAGACCUCUUUUCAUGAGGAGUCAUUGCAGGAUGACCGAGAAGAAAUAGAAAAUAAUACUUACCAUAUGCAUCCGGCAGGCAUUGUUCUCACUAAGGUUGGUUACUAUACUAUUCCAUCUAUGGAUGACCUUGCUAAAAUAACCAAUGAAAAGGGAGAGUGUAUUGUCUCUGACUUCACUAUUGGUCGUAAAGGUUAUGGUUCAAUCUAUUUUGAGGGAGAUGUGAAUUUGACAAAUCUAAAUUUGGAUGAUAUUGUGCAUAUUCGAAGGAAAGAAGUGAUUGUCUACUUAGAUGAUAACCAGAAACCACCUGUGGGUGAAGGGCUAAAUAGGAAGGCUGAAGUUACACUGGAUGGAGUUUGGCCAACAGAUAAAACAUCUCGUUGUUUAAUAAAGAGCCCAGAUCGACUUGCUGAUAUCAACUAUGAGGGUAGAUUGGAAGCAGUUUCAAGGAAACAGGGAGCUCAGUUCAAAGAGUAUCGUCCUGAAACAGGUUCUUGGGUGUUUAAGGUCUCUCAUUUUUCUAAGUAUGGCCUUCAGGAUUCUGAUGAAGAGGAGGAGGAACGGCCAUCUAAAACUAGUACAAAGAAGUUGAAGACUGCUCCUUUGCCUCCUGCAGGCCAGGCCACCCCAUUCCAGAUGGCUCUUAAUGGCAAGCCAGCACCUCCACCCCAGAGCCAGAGUCCAGAGGUGGAGCAGUUAGGGAGGGUUGUGGAACUGGACAGUGACAUGGUAGAUAUCACCCAGGAGCCAGUUUUGGAUUCCAUGUUAGAAGAGAGCGUGCCUGAGGAUCAGGAGCCUGUGUCUGCCUCAACACACAUUGCAUCUUCACUGGGAAUUAAUCCACAUGUCUUACAGAUCAUGAAAGCAUCAUUGCUUGCUGAUGAAGAAGAUGUAGAUAUGGUUCUGGAUCAACGCUUCAGUCACCUUCCUUCUAAAGCAGAUACUUCUCAAGAAAUCUGUUCUCCCAGACUCCCCAUUUCAGCAUCCCACUCAUCAAAAUCCCGUUCUUUAGUUGGUGGGUUACUACUACAAUCAAAGUUUACUAGUGGAACUUUUCUUUCACCAAGUGCCUCUGUACAAGAAUGUCGUACUCCCAGAGCAGCAUCUUUGAUGAAUAUCCCAUCCACAUCCCCUUGGUCUGUCCCUCCACCCCUGACCUCUGUGUUUACAGUGCCCAGCCCGGCCCCUGAAGUUCAGUUGAAAACCGUGGGUACACGCAGACAACCAGGCCUAGUCCCUCUUGAAAAGUCUGUCACCUAUGGCAAGGGGAAACUCCUGAUGGACAUGGCUCUAUUUAUGGGACGCUCAUUUCGAGUUGGUUGGGGCCCCAAUUGGACUCUUGCUAAUAGUGGAGAACAGCUGAGUGGCUCUCCUGAACUAGAAAAUCAUCAGAUUGCCGAUUCUAUGGAAUAUGGAUUCCUGCCUAAUCCAGUUGCUGUUAAAUCCCUUACUGAGUCUCCAUUCAAAGUUCAUUUGGAAAAACUCAGUUUGAGACAAAAGAAGCCAGAUGAAGACCUGCAGUUUUAUCAGAUACCUCUGGAGCUCAAGUUAAAACAUAGCACUGUACAUGUGGAUGAGCUGUGUCCUCUCAUUGUCCCUAAUCCAGGAGUUGCUGUCAUUCAUGACUAUGCAAAUUGGGUUAAGAAAGCAUCAGGAGACUUUCUGGAAGCUCAAAUUGUGAAGCACUGGAGCCUAACAUGGACAUUAUGUGAAGCCUUAUGGGGCCACCUGAAGGAGCCUGACAGCCAACUGGAUGAGCCUAGUGAAUACAUUCAGAUUCUGGAGCGAAGAAGAACUUUCUCUCGCUGGCUAUCCCAUACUGCUGCACCUCAAAUUGAGGAGGAAGUCUCCUUAACCAGAAAAGACAGGCCUGUGGAGGCUGUCUUCAGCUACCUCACAGGCAAGAGGAUCAGUGAGGCUUGCUCUCUGGCCCAGCAGUCAGGUGAUCAUCGUCUUGCCCUUCUUUUAUCCCAGCUGGUGGGUAGCCAGUCAGUCCGUGAGCUGCUUACUAUGCAGCUGGUGGAUUGGCAACAGCUCCAAGCUAACUGUUUCAUCCAAGAUGAGAGACUGCGUAUCUUUGCCUUGUUGGCUGGAAAACCGGUUUGGCAGCUCACAGAGCACAGGCAAAUCAAUGUGUGCUCAUGUUUGGAUUGGAAACGUGCCCUGGCUGUGCAUCUGUGGUAUUUGCUUCCACCAACAGCCUCCAUUUCCAGGGCGCUCAGCAUGUAUGAAGAAGCAUUUCAGAAUUCCUCUGAGGCUGACAGGUAUGCCUGUUCCCCUCUUCCUGCAUACCUGGAGGGCUCGGGCUGUGUGGUAAAGGAGGAAGAAAACUCACAGAGACCACUUCAAGAUGUCUGCUUUCACCUUCUAAAACUCUACAGUGACAGACAUUAUGAUCUCAACCAGCUGCUGGAGCCCCGAAGCAUAACAGCCGAUCCUUUGGACUAUCGCCUAAGCUGGCACUUGUGGGAGGUGCUGCGGGCUCUUAACUAUACUCAUCUCUCAGAACAGUGUGAGGGUGUGCUACAGACGAGUUAUGCUGGCCAACUGGAAAGUGAGGGGCUCUGGGAGUGGGCCAUCUUUGUCCUCCUGCACAUUGAGAACUCAAGCAUGCGUGAGAAGGCGGUUCGAGAACUGCUUACCCGGCACUGCCAACUAUUAGAGACCCCUGAGUCUUGGGCUAAGGAGACUUUCCUGACCCAAAAGCUUUGUGUGCCUGCUGAGUGGAUUAAUGAGGCCAAAGCAGUGCGAGCACACAUGGAAUCUGACAAGCACCUGGAGGCCCUCUAUUUAUUUAAAGCUGGACACUGGAACCGCUGCCACAAAUUCAUCAUCAAGCACUUAGCUUCUGAUGCCAUCAUUAAUGAGAACUAUGACUACCUGAAGGGGUUCUUGGAAGACCUGGCACCUCCAGAGCGCAGCAGCCUAAUCCAGGACUGGGAAACAUCUGGGCUUGUUUAUUUGGACUAUAUUCGGAUCAUUGAGAUGCUUCACCAGAUACAGCAGGUGGAUUGCUCAGUUUAUGAACUUGAGCAGUUACACACCAAAGUGAUCUCUCUGUGCAAUCGCAUACAGCAGAUGCAGUGUUACAAUGCCAAGGAUCUCCUGGCCCAGUCAGACAUGGCCAAACGUGCAGCCAACCUGCUGCGGGUGGUAUGGAGCCUUCAGCGUGCACCUGAAACAACCUCCGACUCGACACCAGACCCUCAGCGAGUUCCUUUGGGCCUCUUGGCUCCCCACGUUGGCCAGCUCCCCAUGCCUGAGGACUAUGCCUUGGAGGAACUGCGUGGCCUCACACAGUCCUACCUGCGAGAAUUGACUGUUGGGAGCCAGUGAACCCCAGGUUCCUCCCACCACACUCAACAUGCUUAUUCACACUCACCACACAGAGAUCCCCUGCAUUGAAUUGAUUGGCACUAUUAGCCAAUCUUGGUUGGCUAUGGAAUCCUUCCUCUUUUCCUGCUGCCCCAAGCAGCAACCACCAUUUGUUCAGGGCUUUUGUUAAUAACUGAACAAAGCAUAAGGGCUUUUAGAACCCAAAAAAGGAACCAAGUCUCUUUUUUACCAUCUUUAAGAGCAUUCCCCCCCCCCUUUUAAAAAAAUGGUCAAUAAAAUACCUUUCGCAGAAUAUCCCCCAGAGAACCAGGGAAUCCUUUCCACUCUCAGCUGUUCUGGAUCUUGUGACCCACCAUACCAACCUGCUACCCUACUCCUACCUUAGCCCUUUUGUAAUAGGACAAAUGUUGAUCAAAGAUUGUCCUUCCUUAACAGAUAAACUAUCCACAGAAGGAAGGAAAAUUUGUCUCUUAAGUGGGCUGAUGAGUUAACACUGUUUUAGAGUCAAAAGAGGGUUGGACUGAGUUAGGAAACAGAACAGAGUCUUUCUGACUCAUUUAGGGUAGAAGUGAGUGCCUGCCAUGAAGGGAUGGAUCUUUAAGGCUUGUUUGUUCCUGCCUUGAAUGUUGCAUGAACAUCAGACUUAUCCUACUACCAUGUGCAGGAACUCUUGGUCACAGACUCCAUGUCUCUGGGAAGCUCCAAAACUCAAUUUGGUCCCUGGUUUUCAGUCAUCUUGCUAGGCUUCCUGUCUAGAUUUGCCUGAAGAGUUUGAAUAAAACAUGGCAGGUUGGGUAGUCCACCCUGUCCUUCCUAUUCUAGCCCAAAGCAUUUCCUACCCAUCAUCUAUAGUUCCAGAACAUAAAACCGUUACUGAGGCAGGCAGGGAGCCGGGCUUUACAGGCAAGAGGAGGGCCUUUGCUACACUGCUGUCAGCUAUGGGGAGUCCCAGGUAAAGGCCUGUGACAGCUGGAAUUAAGAGCUGUCAUAAACAACAUGGCCACCUCUGGGUCUUUAUGCAUGAAGAUUAUGUAAAGGUUUUUAUUAAAAAGUAUAUAUAUAUAUAAAUAAAUGAUCUAGAUUAUUUUCCUCUUUUUCUGAAGCUACUUUCUUAAAAAAAAUAAAAUGUUUAUAGCAUUCCUGCUA